AUGCGCAAUGCAAUACACACACAGGCAACCACCGUCAGCUGGCACGCGCCGCAGCAGCCGGAGGACCCUAAGCUAGUUAGGGUGGCGCUGGUCGGCCUGCCCAACGCGGGCAAGAGCUCGCUGCUGAACGCGCUGCUCAGCAGCACCAUCGCAGCGGUGUCGCCCAAGGUCAACACCACCAGGGAGGACAUCAAGGGCAUCCUGUGCGCAGACAACUGCCAGAUCAUACUCAUGGACUGCCCUGGGAUACUGGAGUCGCACCGCAGGAGGCGGUUUUGCGCGCCACUCGUGGACACCGCGUGGCGGACCUACCGGGAGGCCGACGCAUGCCUGCUGGUGCUCGACACCGUGAAGCGGCCGGACGCGGAGCUGUUUCGGAUUGUACGGCUGCUCGCGGGGGCGGCGCCGUGCGAUACCGGAGCUGUGUCUGAGGCUGGUGAUGGCCACGUCGGCGACAUGGAUCACCGCCCAAGCUACCCUGAGGCGGCCGGGGCAGAUGACGCCGACCCCGACGGCACGGAACUCUUCGAUGAGGACGAACCAGCGGCGUUAGCUGGAGGGGAAAUCGCAGCGGGCGGACACGAACCGUGCGAACGGAGGAAGCCGGUGGCGCUGGUGCUCAACAAGAUCGACCUGGUGCAGCACAAGAAGUGGGUCAAGGCCAGGACGAGGGAAAUGAAGAACCACGGCACCUUCGACGACAUAUUCUACACCAGCGCAAAACACGGAAUAGGCGUGGAACGCGUACUGCACUUCCUCAAGGCCGUGGCCAGGCCCGGACGGUGGGUGUACCCGCCGGACAUGCUCACCACCAUGUCCAAGGUGCAGGUGGUCGAACAGCUGGUGCGGACCUACAUCUACUGCUGGUUCAACAAGGAACUGCCGUACCAGGUCGGCCAGAAGGUCAUCGGAUGGACGCCUGCGGACAACGGGUCGCUGAUCAUAGAGAUGGAGCUGUACGUCAGAAACGACAAGGCCGCUAAAAUCAUAUGCGGGAUCCAGGGGCGAAUCGUCAAGCAGAUGCAAAAAAAUGUGUCACACAGGCUUAGUAAAAUGUGGCAGCAACCGGUCUUCCUCUACGCUCAGGUCAAGGUGAAGCCGGCGUUCCUGAAUUAA